GACCGUAGCGGCGGCGGCGGCGGCGGCGGCGGCGGGGGGGUGACGGGAGAGAAGAGGACACCAACGCCGACUGUCGGUCGCGUCGCUCGGAUGGUGUUGUUGUUGUUGCUGCUCCGGACGAGGCGACGAUGCGGCCGCACUGCUGGGUGAUGGUAGUGCUGGCGGGGAUCAUGUCGUACUUCAGCCCGGAGAGAGCCCUCGGAGCCCCGCAGAGGGAAGUGUCUCAGACCAGAGCUGCAUCCCUCUCUCCUCCGCCCUACGUCGUCAUCCUCAUCUCUUGCUCUGGCCUCGUCUCUUUUGUCCUGCUCCUCCUGACCUGCCUGUGCUGUAAGAGAGGAGGAGUGGGGUUCAAUGAGUUCGACAAUCCAGACGGGGAGGAAUGCUCCGGAGGCUCCAGUCCCAUCCAGGAGGACAGCCUGUCGUCAUGUGCCUCCCUCCCUGAGGUCUACACCUUGCCGGUCCGAGAGAGGCCCAGCUGCCCCGCCCGGCAGGAUGGAGCAGAUUCCAGGACUCAAUGGUUUAAAAGACACACUUUAAACUAUCUUCAGGAAAUAGGAAAUGGCUGGUUCGGAAAGGUGAUCCUGGCUGAAGUGCUGUGUGACUGCACCUCCUAUCAGGCCGUGGUAAAGGAGCUGCGUCUCAGCGCCAGCCCUCUGGAGCAGAGGAAGUUCCUGGCCGAGUCUGAGCCAUACAGGAGCCUUAAACACCCCAACAUCCUUCAGUGUUUGGGGCAAUGCAGUGAGAGCAUUCCCUUCCUCCUGGUUAUAGAGUUCUGUCAGCUGGGUGACCUGAAGAGGUAUUUGAGAGCCCAGCGUAAGUCGGAUGGGAUGACCCCUGAUCUACCGACCCGAGACCUCUUGACUCUCCAGAGAAUGGCUUAUGAGAUCACCUCUGGUCUGCUGCAUCUCCAUGAAAACAGCUACAUCCACAGUGACAUGGCGUUAAGAAACUGCCUGCUGACAUCAGACCUCACUGUUAGGAUCGGCGAUUAUGGCCUUUCACACAACCACUAUAAGGAGGACUAUUACCUAACUCCAGACAAGCUGUGGAUCCCCCUGCGCUGGAUUGCUCCUGAGCUGCUGGAGGAGUACAGAGGAUCUCUAAUUGUUACAGACCAAACCAAGACCAGCAAUGUGUGGUCCUUGGGCGUGGUCAUAUGGGAGCUAUUCGAAUUUGGCCUUCAGCCCCACAGGCACCUGAGUGACGAAGAGGUGUUGACCUUCGUCAUCAGGGAGAGACAGAUCACGCUGGCCCAGCCCAGACUCAAACUGUCGCAUGCAGACUACUGGUAUGAGAUCAUGCAGUCCUGCUGGCUUCCUCCGUCUCAACGCCCCUCUGUAGCUGAGAUAUUCCUCCUCCUCUCCUCCCUCCUGGCCGCCGAGCGGGGAAUGGCGAGGGGGAGCGGCGGGGAGGACGACGAAGAGGACGAGGAAUACGAGGAGGGUAGAAGAAGGAGAGGUGAGAGCGAAGAGUCGUUUGAAAGACGCUGGGACUUGCUCCGCCCGCCCAGCUUUCAGACUGCGGCGAACAAGCGUCGAGAGAGGGAGUACGGCGGGGAAGACAACUCCUACCCGCUGCUGGACCCUGUGGGGAACUGUAUCACCUCGUCCUCGUCUGAACUGGAUGACAUCCUGACAGUCACUGAGACCAGCAAAGGUUUGAACUUUGAGUAUUUCUGGGAAAAGGCUCACGCCAGACGAGGCUACAAGCCUCUCCCUCCUCCGCAGCAAAUUCCCGCUGCAAACAACAACCACAGACAGUCUCUGGACACGCCCACUGUGGUGCCGGUGAUAAGCGCCCGCAGCCCCUCCCUCGCCAGCGAGUACUACAUCCGAUUGGAGGAGCACACUCCCCAGGACAAGUCGCCGGCUCUUAAAGGGAAGACUCAACCCUCUUUCCGCGCCGACUCGAUCUGCCUGGGAGACAUGGAGCUGGUGGAGAUUCGCAGCGGGUUGCUGGGAAAAGAGCGGGUCCCUUACUGUUCCUCUGACAAGUGCGGAAAAGGCCUCCAGACCAUCAGAUCAAGUGAGAUUCAACUCCAGGUGCCCAACACAGGUGUGGCUGAAUUCAGAGACAGUUCGAGCAGAGUGACUGACUUUUCAGUAGUUGAUUUGGGAGAUGACGACGAGGAGGACACGAGGAGGGGUAGUGAGGGAAAUAGAAAAUCUCAAGCCCCGGUCCUUCCUCCCAAGCCUCGCUCUAUGUCCAUGUCAUCAGCGAACCACCUGUACUCGCGCCCCCUGCCCGCCCCUCCACUCAGUUAUAGAGGACUGCCUCACUAUACCAUCGGUGGAAAAAUCGAAACAGACCCCCAUCACAUGAGCAGCUGUCCACAUUCUACCUUUGAUCACCUGGGGUUCCAUCGGCCCCAACAGACUCUACCCCCGUCUCCGUCCCUCUCCCCGUCCCUUCCCCCGUCAAGCCAUCCGAUUUACCCCCAACCUCCUCAGGUGGGUGUCCCGCCCCUCCCUCCACACUCCAAGCCACAAAGAAUCUGCCCCAGCUACAAUACAGCAGAGACUUAUUCCAGAUACACUAGGCCGCAGAUUCAGAGAUACAACAGAGACCCGUUAUCCUGUGACUUGUCUGACAGAGAGGGCGGCAGCAGGCACCUGCCGUCAUUGCACAAUUCAAGGGAGGCUUCUCAUUCUCGCGCAAAAGACUUUGACUCACCCGUUCGUCGAGAAAACCCACUUCGCCCCAUUUACCGCAAUUUGCCCCGAGCUCAGCCCACGAACCCCCAGGUUGACGGACAGUCCUCGUCCAGUCCCACCUACUCCGAUGAGGAUGACUCUCCCUUCAUGUCUCCUGAGAGACCCAGUGGUGGGACUGCUGUCACUCACUCCAGCCUAUCUGAAGAUGCAGACCCAGCCUGUGCCGAGCUCUUCUCCAGGGGAAUGAAAAGGACACAGUCACGCCUUGACACAAUCCUGCCUGCCAUUUGGAGGGAAGAUGCUGAACUUCAUGCAGAACGUGUGGCUGCUGCCAGGAAAUCCCCCAUGCAUCUGUUUCUGACAGAGAUAGCCAGUGUGACAGAGUCUAGUGAGUCCAAGUCAGAGGCUUCCUGGGAGGGACAGAAGGACGAGAAAAGAGAUGGAGAGAGAUGGGGGAACUUUGUGCUGCCCAACAGAGGGAUGCGCCGCUCCCAGUCGCUGAUCACAGAGCUGGGGUCAGCGGGACAUUCAUGGGGGCCAGAGAAGUGUAACAACAGGGAGGAAGCGGAGGAGGACAAUACAGUCACUAAAGAAUCAUUCCAGAGGGAUCUUUUCCUCACAGAGAUCGACACAGGGAGGAUGGACACAGAUCCAGAGGGAGGAUCAACAACUUAUCCGGUAAAAUACCUUUAUCCUUCGGGAUCCAGAUUGCGUCCCUAUGUCUGUGCUCCAGGGCUUCCCUCAUACACCGAGGCAGAGGAGGCCUAUUCAAAGGGUAUGCGGCGGUCCCGCUCUCUCCUCUCUGAGAUCACCAUCGGGAAGCAGGAUUCUGAGUCGCAGCCGACCGAGAAGGAGCCGCCGAGAACAGAAAUGACCAGAGAAGAAUUCCUUAAGGAGAUCCAAUCAGCAGAGACCUUUUUGACUGAAAUCAUAUCUAGACAAAGCACUUCUACAAACAGAGUAGAAACGGACACAUCUUACUCCCCUACUCCACUGUCUCCGGAAUACGAGUCCAUAUGCAUUGACCCGAGCUCCGCUCAGACCAUCAGAUUUCAGUCAGAGAGCUCGUUACGAGCGUCCCAAAAAGGCAAAGAGGAAACAACAACGGAGGCCAUCUACGCGCAAGUGACCAAGCGUGCUAAAAAGAGUGAGAUAAAGGUUUCCAUGAAACCUGAGAUACCAGUACUUCAUAUAGGAUCAAAUAAACAACCUGUUAUACCGGACAGUGAAGGAAGCGGUGUUGAAAACGGCCAAUCGGAUGAGUUUGUGUUUUCAGAAAUCAUGCCCAAAAAUGGUCUGUUGCACAACCAAACACCUGGAUGCCACAGAGAAGACGAAGAGAGUUCCGAUGGCCCCGCCUUACCUGCUAGAGGAGAGCAAAUAGCUCACUUAGAGCACUCUCCUACUGAGUCCACUCCGAGUGUUAAAGAAUACAACUUGAACAAAUCCCUAAUUAUGAAUGAAGGAGAUACUCAAAAGGCUGCAGGUACGGGGAAUGGUGAGUUGAUGAAAGAGGACCUGCAGGGCAGCAGAACCGAGAGAACAGCUCAAACAGCUGAAAAGCUGGAUACCGCGUCAUACGAUCCUCAUAAAGGAACGUACCAAACUGACGGCGUUUCUGCCGUGGUCUCUGAACACAUCAGAGAAGCUGAUUCUGAGAAUUUCGGAGAGGAUUUGGGUUCCCUUCAUUACAGUGAGACCGGACUUGGAUCCAUCCUUUGA